CUACAUGAGUGCUCAGUUGGUCCGCAGCUGCCCAACUUUCUACAGGCUUGUUUCUGCUCUAAGGAAAAAGCGGAUGUUGUUCGGUUUCAGUUAACUUGCAACACGUAUGGUUGAACGGAUUAAUGUUGAGUAAACCGAUUCAUUUUGCUAUAGACGUCGGACUUGGGCAGUUAUCUUGGGAGUCCUCUACAUAGACGCAGGCUCCGUCGUGCAGGCUAGCCAGUGUGGAUAUGGCAGUUCUAUACACAUCCGGGCCACAAUAUCGUGACUCCAUUAUUCUCAGUUCACUGUGAAAGUAACUGGCCAGCUAGCACAACGUUGAAAGGAACCUUAAAACCAAAGGGGAGUUUUAUUUUGAAAGUCUAAUCAAGCUGGAAAGUUAAAGGCGAUGUCUAAUCAAGGGGGAAGGAGAAACGGGCCCGUUAAGUUGCGUUUAACAGUGCUAUGUGCGAAGAAUCUGGCAAAGAAAGACUUCUUUCGCCUUCCUGACCCCUUUGCUAAAGUGGUAGUGGAUGGUUCAGGGCAGUGCCACUCCACAGACACUGUGAGAAACACCCUCGACCCCAAAUGGAACCAACACUAUGACCUAUACAUUGGGAAGCUGGACUCCAUCACGAUCAGUGUGUGGAACCAUAAGAAGAUUCACAAGAAGCAGGGUGCUGGCUUUCUGGGCUGCGUACGGCUCCUUUCCAACUCCAUCAACCGUCUCAAAGACACUGGUUAUCAAAGAUUGGAUCUCAACAAGUUGGGGCCCAAUGACAGCGACACAGUGAGGGGCCAAAUAGUAGUGAGUCUACAGUCCAGAGAUAGAAUUGGCACUGGGGGACCGGUGGUAGACUGCAGUCGUCUGUUCGACAAUGACCUACCGGAUGGCUGGGAGGAAAGGAGAACAGCGUCUGGUCGCAUCCAGUACCUAAACCACAUCACGCGCAGCACACAGUGGGAAAGACCCACCAGGCCAGCGUCAGAGUACUCGAGCCCUGGCCGGCCACUCAGCUGCCUGGUGGAUGAGAACACGCCCAUCAUGACCCCGAAUGGGGCGGCAGGUGUGCAGGUGGGUGACCUGCGGGUGCAGGAGCGGCGUGUGCGUUCUCAGAGGCACCGAAACUACAUGAGCCGAACUCACCUCCACACGCCACCAGACCUGCCCGAGGGCUACGAGCAGCGCACCACGCAGCAGGGUCAGGUGUACUUCUUGCAUACCCAGACUGGUGUCAGCACAUGGCACGACCCUAGAGUGCCCAGGGAUCUGAGUAAUGUCAACUGUGAGGAGCUGGGUCCUCUGCCCCCUGGUUGGGAGAUUCGAAAUACAGCUACGGGCCGUGUCUACUUCGUGGACCACAACAACCGGACCACACAGUUCACGGACCCUCGCCUUUCUGCCAACCUGCAUCUCGUCCUCAAUCCCAGUCCUAAUGGUUCCCGUGGUGCUAGUGAGGCUUUAAACAGAAGUCGCGCAGGCCAGCUGAAAGACCAGGCCCAGUCGGUGCUCUCCCCAGGCAAUCUCCCUGAGGAUGCAGAGUGCCUGACCGUGCCCAAGUAUAAGCGCGACCUAGUGCAGAAGCUGAAGAUCCUCCGGCAGGAGCUGUCCCAGCAGCAACCGCAGGCUGGCCACUGCCGCAUCGAGGUUUCCCGCGAAGAGAUCUUUGAGGAGUCCUACAGGCAGGUAAUGAAAAUGAGGCCAAAAGAUCUCUGGAAGAGACUGAUGGUGAAAUUCAGAGGAGAGGAAGGCCUGGACUAUGGAGGAGUCGCCAGGGAGUGGUUAUACCUCCUGUCACAUGAGAUGUUGAACCCAUACUACGGACUUUUCCAGUACUCACGUGAUGACAUCUACACUCUACAGAUCAAUCCGGAUUCUGCUGUCAACCCGGAACACCUGUCCUAUUUCCACUUUGUGGGCCGCAUCAUGGGCAUGGCUGUGUUCCAUGGCCACUACAUCGACGGAGGCUUCACGUUGCCCUUCUACAAGCAGCUGCUUGGCAAACCCAUCACCCUGGAUGACAUGGAGUCUGUGGACCCUGACCUUCACAACAGCCUGGUCUGGAUCCUUGACAAUGACAUCACGGGGGUGCUUGACCACACGUUCUGUGUGGAGCACAAUGCAUAUGGCGAGAUCAUUCAGCAUGAGCUCAAACCCAAUGGCAAGAGCAUCCCCGUCACCCAGGACACCAAGAAGGAGUACGUCAGGCUCUAUGUGAACUGGCGCUUCCUGAGGGGCAUCGAGGCUCAGUUCCUGGCCCUGCAGAAAGGCUUUAAUGAGGUUAUACCACAGCACCUCCUCAAGGCCUUCGACGAGAAAGAGCUUGAGCUGAUCGUGUGUGGCCUGGGAAAGAUUGACGUGAAUGACUGGAAGGCUAAUACACGGCUCAAGCACUGCACGCCCGACAGCAACAUUGUAAAGUGGUUCUGGCGGGCUGUCGAGUCGUUUGACGAGGAGCGGCGAGCCCGACUGCUGCAGUUUGUCACUGGUUCUUCCAGGGUGCCACUGCAGGGCUUCAAAGCCCUGCAAGGAGCUGCAGGACCCCGUCUCUUCACGAUCCAUCAGAUUGAUGCCAGUACGGACAACCUGCCUAAAGCCCACACAUGUUUCAACCGCAUUGACAUUCCUCCAUAUGAGCACUAUGACAAGCUCUAUGACAAACUACUGACAGCCAUUGAAGAGACAUGUGGCUUUGCCGUGGAGUGACUGCCAACCACUGGAGGGUGUCCGAGGGGAGGACAGGCCAUUCUGCACAAAGAGUAGACCUGUCACUCGACCAAGGAGUGUGGCUUAUGGCCCAGAAGCCCUGCUCCUUUUAUCAGAAGAGGUCAAAAUGGGGAAUUGGGUGAUAAGGGAGGAUGUAACAUCUUGCAGCACUCUAUGCCUAAUUCAUGUACAUGGGUUUUUUUUUUCCUGCAUCUCUGCAUAUUUUUUAAGAGAAGAAUUGACUUUGUUUUUCAGCUGCUAGUAAACUUUUUACCUUUUUGGAACAUACAUAAUGGCUCUUCCUCUUCUGUUUUAGCAUUAAGGAAAAAAAGAUACAGACAGUAUUUUAUGUAGCGUCUGUACCAACUGACUGAGGAAAAGGAUGACGGUGGUAAGGUGCCCACAGAGCAUUGCUGCAUAAGCUAAGAGAGGAGCACUACUGCUCUUAUUGAUGAGGCAAGUGGAAGAUGCCCGUGGCAAGAAAGGACCAAAGACACAAUUGUGUCAGUCUGCCAUGUGGUACAGGAAGCCCUCGUAGGAGCAUCUAAUCUUCUGAUGUAGGGCAGGCUCUAGAACGUCAGUAUCUUGUUGCACGGUGGACAUUUGGGGCCCAGAUGUGCAGUGGCAAGCUACAAGGGCACGGUGAUAAAGGCACUCAGUAAGGAUGCUAGCACAAGUGCCCUACUAGCUGCUAUUAAGCCCCAAGACACCAUCCCAACUGCCUGUGCUCCAUUCAGUAAGACCAGUCUUAUCAGCAUUCUGAUGUAUAAGCUUCUUCAAAAUGAGUGGAUGGAUGGAUGGACGGAUGGAUGGAUUGGUGGGUAAGUGGAUAGAUGGAUGAGUGAAUGAUUAAAUAGGUAGUCAACGGUUAUUUUUAUAUGAUGGGGGGUUAAAUGGAAAUGAAAAGAUCAACAAAAUUAUAUAGAUAUAUAAUUUAUUACCCUUAUUCCAGAAACAUUUGUCAUUGUUUCCAGAGCAAAAAAAUUAAGUAGAAAGUGUACAUUGCUUUACCAUGGAUGAGUUACAGAUUAGUUUAAUGGAUAAUCAUGAAAGAAAAGUGGAAAAAAAAUGAAUGUUUAAAAACAUAUUUUUGGUGCCAUUACAAUUUUAAAAAAAUUAUUUGACUUCAUCAAGCAUGAGUCUUCUAAUGCCUAAACAAAUGUGUAUGUAUGCAGAUGCCACAGGAGUGUAGUGAACGGUGAUAAGUUGGUAGAUAGAUUCCAUUUCUUGCCCUUUAGUCAUGGAACAUUUCAUACAACCUGUGUUUUGAGAGUCCCACUCAAAAACCAAAAACAUUAGGGUUUAAAAGAAUAAUGAGUACUAACACUAAUGUUGCUCACAUUUACCACUGGGAAACCAAAGGGGUUAGAAUUUAACAUAAUUAAAUCUUACAUUUGGGGGGAGGGCGUUUCUUCUCCUGUAUCUGAUCCUCCCACUUAGGUUUCCUACUUUUGGGCUGAGAGUAGAAAGAUAUUAUUCCUGUGGGAUGGAUAAUGAAUUGAUGCAGUUUCAAAGUCAUACAAACAAAAAUAGAACAUGUUUUGAUUGUUGCCUGGCAGCUUAAGAACCAUGCUAUGACAUACUCAAGCUGUUUGCCAGUGCCAUUAUGCCCUUUAGCAGGGUACCCAGCACUAAGGUGAGCUGUUGUUAUAGUUGUUUUUGGUUUAAAACUAAAAACUUCAACAUUAUCAAUGAUACCUGAAUGUCUUGAAAGCAUUUCCUUUUUACCAUUUGUGUAUUUUUUUAACGUGUAGCUCCAAUUGUAGUGCCACACGGUA